UGUAGUAAAUUCUGUUUCAUUUCCUCUGAAACUAGACUGGAAUUCCAUGGAGUCAGUCGCCCUGUUGAUUCAGACUGUUUCCUUCCAUUAUUCAACAGGAAGCCCCAAGACAAUCAACACAUGCAGGAAAACUUCUCUCCUGGCUUUUUCUCAUCACUGAAUGAAGAGAACUGCAGGCUCUGAGAAGUGGUGAGUGGGAAACACCAUGACUACGGUGAAAAUCCUGGUGCUUUUGUGGAUUUAUCACUUCGUUUUUCUUCAAGGUUCUGAGCUUAUGGAAAAUGAAAGCAUUGCACUUCCAUCUUCGGCAGUUUCCACAGGUACAGCCACAUUUAUGACUCUCAAAACCCGAUCCCUGGAUGCAGAGACGGACUUCCCCAGUCCCCCUUCCCCUACAGAAUCAGCAGCCUUAUCAGUGGCAGCAACUGGUGUCAUCAGCUUCAUAGUCAUUUUGGUGGUGAUCGUAGUCAUCCUGGUCUGUGUGGUCAGCUUAAGAUUCAAGUGCCAUCACUGUAAAGAUACAAAAGAUAAAAAGAAACCUCAGCAUCCGGUAGUAUCCUAUAGCUGCUCUGAUGCAGAAACUACAGCUGGCAUGAAGAAUGUCUUGUUGGUCUCCAUGAAGGAUUUAAAUACAAGUAACAACAAAGGUAAAGAGCAGGGAACAAAGAGAUUUCUGCAAGGAGUACAAGUAUUUGUAUAGGCUUUAUAGCAUGAAUAGUCCAGACAGGCCAAGAAGGCAAAUAACCUGCUAAAGCUGUGCUCAGUCUGCAAGCUAAUUCCACUAUAAAAUACAGAACACAUGCUUUUAGUUAAUUGGUAGUUUUCAUAAUCUUUUAUGGGAUAACAUAGAAGUCAUGCUAUGUUAAUAAUGAAUAAUUUUGCAUCUGAAGUAGUGGGACAUAGAUUAAUGUCAAAUAAAACUUGUUAGUUUUUAAUGUGCUAUAAGACAGUUUAUGACUAACUACCGUGUCUCAUUCUGAAAAAUUUUGUUCUAUAUUAAAAUGGCCAUAACAACCAAAUCAAAAGUGUAAUCAAUCAUGAUGUCAACUACAUAGUUAAGGGACAUAUAUAAUAGUCUUUCUUAGAAUCUCUCAUCAUCUUGUCUAUAAAAGUGUGCUUCUGGAACUCAAUGUCCAUAUUCAAGUCCAGCAAAUUAUUAGAGUCAUUUAUAAAGCUAAAUUGAGAAAUGUACAUUGUAGAUGAUUGUACAUUGAUUAAAAAGGAAGAAGUCAGUUCCUAGAGUCUUACAAUGUAAAAUGAUACAAAAGGAAAUAGUAAUGGGAAUGAAGAAAGCAAACAAAUUUUAGCACAAUUGUUCUUAUAAUGGCAAGCAUGAAUGGGAAAAUACAGGGGAGGAGCCAAACGGCAUCUAAUAACUUAGCAAAGCAAGUACAACAAAACUCACUGCUCCAUCUCCUCCAAAACAUAAGCAGGAAAAUGUGCACUCCAAGAACUACUAAAUCCUUAUAGACUAUAGAAAAGAUUGAUUUUCCCAGAAAAACUAAACCUGUCCAAGAAUAUAGUGACUAGGUAAAUUUGUGUUUUGGAUUUAGACCACUGAUAUCUGCUAAUUUUGUCUUGCUUUUCUAGAUCCCAUGAAGUCAAUGGUUACAUAUGAAGAAUAAGGAAACAUUUAAAAGCUUGCAUUAUUUGUUGUAGUGGGAAGAUACAGUGCAUUUAAUUAUUGUUUCUGCCUGGGAUACAGACACAAGAAACUGCCAUAAAUGCAACCACUGGUUAAUCUAGUUCAGUACUGGUUAUUCUGACUGGCGGUGGCUCUCCAAGAAUAAAGACAGAUGUCUUUACCAGUAUUUUUAUACCUGAACCUUUAAAAAGAGUCACCCUGCAGAAUGCAAAGUAGACCUUACUGUGAUAUCUGAUAGUCAUUUUGCUGGUGAGACUCUGAGUUAGAUGCAGAUCCUUGGCCCAUUGCUCCCUGGGAACAUUCCCCAUGGCAAUGCUGUUGAAUGGGGCAGGUGGUAAUUUAAUGAGUGAGUCUUCUAUUACUCCAUAAUAGGCACUUUUCCUUGACACCUAACCAUUUCUUGGUGGCAGAGGGACACACUGUAAUUUACAAUGUAGUCUUCCUCAACCCAAUAGCCUCCAGAUAUAUUGGAUUUCAACUCUCAUGAACCCCAAUUUCUGGUUGACCUAAUGGGAGCUGACAUCUAAAAGACCAGAAAACACAACACUGGAGGAAGUUGGUCUUACCAUCAGUCCUGUAGAAAAAAAUGCCUCAAGUGCUACUUCCUUACCUUAGAUAGCCCUUACUGGGGCCAUUGUUUGACCAAUAACUUGCCUCUAAAACACCCCUUUCCAUUUAAUAUAGUACACAGAAACCUGUCUAAAGAAUGUAAAGGUAUUAUUUUGCUGCAUAACCUCCCUUCUCUUUUCUUAUUUACAUAUUGUGAGCAUCACCCUUGCAGACCAUCAGGAGGAGAUGUGAAAUGGUUUAUGUUCUUCUCAGAAACUCUUAUCAUGAAGAGUUGUAAAAAGAUGAUUAAAAUAUAGGUGCUAUUCAGCUGUCUUUUA